AUGACUGGCAAGCGAAAGAGGGACACUUCCGUUGUGUCACGGUCCAAGAAAACCGGCGAUGCCAGUCCUUCGCCUCCCCCUCCGGCCGACAAUGCGCAAGACAUUUUUCGCAAGUACUUCGAGGCACAAUUUGCGCCUCUAGACUUGCCUGCUACGCCAGCCACCGGCAACUCGAACUCUGAGGAGGAUGAAGAGGAAGACGAGGAUAGUGAGGGGUCAGAGAUGGACGAGCAGUGGGACGGAGUCUCGGAAGACGAAAGCGAUGAGGAUGUCGUGGAAGUGGUUGAACACACGGACACUCGAGCUACGGACGACAGAAUGGACAAGAAGGCAUUCAAAGCAUUUAUGAGUGCGAAACCACCAUCAUCCUUAGAAACCAAGACCACGAAAUCAACGGAAAAGUCAAAUAAGAAAGACGAGUCCGACGAUGAAGUGGAUGCCGAUAAUCUGAAACACGACCUCGCAUUACAGCGACUACUUCGAGAAUCUCACCUGCUCGACUCGUCAUCAGACCUCGCUCCCACCGGCAAAAACCGCCUCAAGGCCCUGGACCUUCGCAUGCAAUCCUUGGGCGCGAAGGAUUCUCUUUACAAACAAAAAAUGCCCGAUGCCCACCGACGAGGAAUCAACGCCAAGGCCGCUGCCAAGGACGAGAAGCGACGACGAGAAGCGAAGGAGAACGGCAUUAUCCUUGAGAAGCCUACCAAGGUCACGAAAUCAUCGAAUUCGGGUCGACGAGAUCGUGGGAUUGGUGGAUCAUCCAUUGGUAAAUUUUCUGGUGGCACGUUGAACCUGAGCAAGCAAGACCUGCAAAGCAUGCAGAGCUCCAGGGGACGAUCUUCUCGGGGAGGAAGAGGUGGCAGAGGUGGCAGAGGCAGAGGAAGGGGAGGCAAGAGAGGAGGCCGUUAA